UGUAAGGGGAGUUCCAUGAGUUUCUCAAAUGCUUGCUGAAAUCUGAGUCACAUGCCUCAGAAUGACAGUGUCACUGUCGGGAACUGGACAGCAGAUUACUCGAACUAUGGUCACAGCUAGAGAAUCUCAGUGUGAAAGAACACGACACGAUCUCCUCUGGGAUUUGACCCCUUUCCUUUUUGGAUGAGUUGUGGAUUGUAUUUACUGUAUAAGAGGACACAACAAGAGCACACAUCCAUUCAGUGGAGACAGCUAGACGAGAAGUGUUGAAAGUUUGGACGAUAUACAUUCCACUUUCUUUUAAUGCAACUAUAAGGAGACUAUCUGUAGGAACCACAGAAGUAUUCAUCAACGAGGACCUCACCUACUAUACUGUUAAAUCUACGAUCUACUUGAUUGAUUCUAAUAUUAUUUGGUAGUGGUAAAUACAAUGGGACUGCAUGGUUCCAAAUUUCACUCAGAAGCUCGGAUUUUAAUGCUUGGCCUUGAUGGGUCUGGAAAGUCCACCCUGCUCUACAAGCUGAAAUACAAUGAAGCUGUGGUGACCGUUCCCACUGUGGGCUUCAACGUGGAGAUGCUGGAAAACAAAAAGAAAGGCUUUGUGCUAACCCUGUGGGACAUCGGUGGCCAGCAACAGAUGAGGCUUCACUGGGAGCACUACUAUCAGGACACGUCCGGCUUGGUGUUUGUGGUGGACAGCAAGGACAAGCUGCGGAUCACUGAGGCAAAGCAGGAACUGGAGAAGAUCCUGGGGAAUAAGAGCCUAAAAGGCCUUCCAUUGAUUGUGCUUGCCAACAAGCAAGACUUGCCAGGUGCCAUCAGUGCUAGAGAUGUUGCAGAGAUCUUGAAUUUGAGGGAGAUUUGUGGUAACAGGCAAUGGUUUUUUCAGCCAUGUUCAGCCAAGACUGGUGCUGGUUUGGACGAGGCCUUCAGGAUGAUGGCCCGCUUUCUGAAGACUGCAGUAGGAGAAGGAGAGGAAUAUCUACAAACAGGAAGGAAAUUGCAUAAAUUGAAGACACAGCAGGAUUACUGGUGAACUGAACCUUUUUUUUAAUUAAUGGACGAUAGACACAGUGACAUACCAGCUAAAUGCCUCUUCAGCAUAACAGAGCCAAUCUUCUUUUAUUUGCUUUCUGUACCGUAUAUGUGGUAAGAAAGAAAUUUUGACAUUUUUUUUAGAUGAAUGUGAAUUUUUAAAAUGCUUCGACAUUCUUAUCUUUUACUUUACUUUUUCAAAACCUUAAUAAUUUCUUUUUUAUUUUUUAGUUCUUUGUUUG